ACGAAAAUAAGCCACGAAGUCAUAAACUGGUGUUGGUGGUUAGUGAAAAAUUUUCGAAGGUGUUGGAGAAGGGGAAACCAGGUGUACAAGCAGCAGAAGUAGCAGUAGCGAGCAUGUAGAAAAUGAAUUAUCGACGCCGAGCGACAUGCCUUUUCGAAUUAACAUAGAGACGCACAUUUUGCGAUUUUUACCCUAAGUCUUUGUUAGUUGUGUGUUGGAUAUGCAUUGAGGAGUGGUUGGGUGUCCAGUAGUAACUAGCGAUAAUUUAUCCACUGUCAUCGAUCGCUAAGAUAUUGUUGGCUCCGUAGAAUUCACUGAACCAAAGUCGUUUGCCAAAACGUGUUUCACUAAUUACGAUGGAAGAAGUGUGAUUGGGCAGUGAUAGCAUCUGUAGCAGAACACCAUUAGUACAGUUAAUAACAUCGAGGAGAAAAAAUCAACAACCAAUUAGCAAUGUCGGCACCAUUUUCUGCAGCCACAGCAUUUACCAACAACAAUAACAACACCGAUGGUUGGGGAGAUGAAUGGGGCGAUUGGGGUAGCGAAAAUCCAAAUUCGACGUCACAACAAAAUCAGUCGCAUCUUUCAUCUCAACCACCAACCAUGAAUGCCAACAAGUACUUCCAGGCUCCACAACAGCACUAUCCUCCUCAGCAAGUGCAGAUGGAUCAGAGCAAUAAAAAUUUCAUGCCUAACGCUACGCCUGCUCCCCAUCAGUUUCAAAACUUCUCUACUCCUACACCUCCAAUGCAACACCCCUUUCAGCCUAACUAUCAGCAGCAGCAGCAUGUCUACCAUCAACCUCAGCAGCAAUAUGUGCCACCUCCGGCCAGUGCAUCUUUCUUCAAUCAAACUGCUCCGCGGGUUCCGUCGUACCCAUCGGCAUCAACGACACCACAACUUAACCAAUCAUACAACCAAACCAUUUCUGACAGCUUCAGCACUAGUGCGGGUGAUAGUUGGGCUUGGAAUGUGUCAGAUAGUAAUCAAGCAGCUUCAAAUUCCAAACCGCAAACAAACGAUACACAACAGCAACAGCAGCAGCAAAAUGCAAUUCAGGAGAACUAUAACCAAAGUUACCCUCCGCUAAAUCUUUCUCCGAGUCCUUUCAGUUUACCUGGUGGUGCAAACAAUACUCAACAGCCUCCGAAAGUGCAGGCCGCUCAGAUAACCAGAAUCAAAAACGAAACAUUAUCGCCGCAAUGGUCCAUCGAAAGUCAGGUGUCGCAAACGUCCAGCGAUCGAUCGAUCGAAAGCGGUGAAAUCGCCGAGAGUAGAAGCUCCAACACGAUGCCAUCGGAUGAUGGAUCAUCCGGUAGGCAUCCUGGUCCCUCCCAGCAAAUCGAGAACUACGAAAACAUAGCAUCCUAUGGUAACCAAUUCACUAGCAGUGGAGAUGUUCCGGAUAAGCUAGACGAAACCUUAAGCUCGCUAAGUAUAAAACAGGAGCCUUUGCAAGAAACAAAACGUCCGGACAGUUACAGAGAAUCAUCAUUUCCACCACCACCGCCCUCGAUUGCCACCAAUACACCGGCAGAUGGCGGUGUUCUACCUCCGAAAGCUUCAUCUAGAACUCCUCCGUUACCUCCGCCACCAACAGAAGUUGGACCGACACCAGCAGCCCAUGGUCCACCACCAAACCAAGCACCGCCAAAAGGGCAAGGUGGCAACCCGUUCAAACGUGUAGGUCAUCGUUCUCAUAUAGCGACCCCUGGUCUGGGAGCACCAACACCACCAGCAGCACCGACCAAUCCAAAUUACUUCUACUCUAAUCCUCCGCAAGACAUUAGUAACGUUGAAAAUCCUGUUCCGGAAAAUUUGGAAAUACCUGAUUCGCGUGUUGAAAAUGUCGAAAAUAUGGAAGUUGCUCCGAAUAACGAUCGUAAUCAGUAUUUGCAAACCGGUCAUUUGUCUGAGGAAGGCUACACCAGUACACAACAUACAACAGCUCAUCAGAAUGAACAACAACCGGGUGAGGAUAGUUUACCUCCUCCGGGACUGUCACGUUAUGUUCCGGGUCAACAACAGUCGGAAAAUAACACACCACUAAUGGGUCACAAUUUCCCGGAGCCUCCGCCUGGCCUUGAUCGUAUGAUUCCAGGAACCGAUCUAGAAAAUGCGACUGAUUUGAACAUGGAACGCCAGAUAGAUGGUGAAGUAUCCGAUUCUGCUUCUAAUUCGAACGUACGAACCAGUUAUACGACUAUCAUUUCAUCGCAAAGUCAAGAGCAUCAUCAUCACCAUCACCACCGUCAGGAGCAGGAACGAAUCAGCGAUCGAAAUCUGUACCAGGUACCGGGAGAAAGUGACACUCAUUACAAUCAACAACGUGUUAUCCCAGGUGUGGAAGAUGAUCGUGCCGUUCAAACUAACAGCAGUAACUAUACAUCGCUAGCUCAACCUGUGCUCGAUAUACCGAUGAAUGAAGAGCAACGGGAGUUGGUUAUGGAUGGCGAAAAUCCGCAUGAUCCGCCUCCGCAAACAAUACACGUAGAUAUUCCUCGCGAAGAACCGAUCGAAGGUGGUAACACUCAGGAUGAUCCUAUAGUAGCCAGUGCUGGUGCGACACCUGCAAUUGGCACCACCGAAACUGACUCUAAUCUCACGAUGGAAACGCCUCGCAAAGAUCCUUCGAACACAUCCACAGCUGAUGAAAGUGACAAAGAUCGUUCAAUGUUUUAUUCGAAAGGGAAAACUUCACGACGUGAAGAGGACCCAUUGCGGCGUUCUAACAAGAGCAAGAGUUCAAGGGAUCGCUACGAUACUGAGGAUUCGGAUUACAGUGAACGCGAAAAGAGGCGACGGGAACGAGAAGGCAGCAGCGGAUUCGAUGGAGCUCAAAGAGAUCGUCGACGAGGUGAGCGGGAAAUCGAUAAGGACCGAAGAAAAGAUGGUGGAAAGGAUCGAGACCGGCAAAAAGAGAAAGAUCGAGAUUAUGACUAUCGGGAUAGGGAUAGACAUAGAUAUGAUCGUGAACGUGAACGUGAUCGCUAUGGACGCGGAAGUAAGUAUGAACGGGACAGUCGCUACGAAACCGAUGGAUCCAAGUACGAAACUGAACGAUCGAUGCGGUACGACAAGGAUGGGGAUAAUGGUAAACGAUACAUGUCCAGAGAAGAAUACUAUCGUAAACGGGAGGAACGGGGAGGAGACGAUCGUCGUUACCGCAAAGAGAAAGAUCGUGAACGUUAUCGUGAUGAGCGGAAACGAGAUGAUCGCUAUCGUGAUGGAGGCGGCGAUAAGCGUCGCGAUCGACGUUACGAGUACGACGACUACCGAACCGGAAGUCGCAAUGGAACCGAACGCGAUCGCUUACGUGACAGUCGGGAACGAGAUGAUCGAAAGGAACGUGAUCGAAAAUAUCCUUCUUCGGCAUAUGGUGGUACAGGGUAUGGCUCAACAGGAUAUUACGACCCGUACACUUAUUACACCCAACAUCAGCAGUACUACGAACAACUGCGACGGACGAAUCCGCAAGCGUAUGCUGAAUGGUAUCGCACGUACUACAGUCAAAUACAAGCCGCUCAGAUGCAGAGGGAUCUCAUAACAACAGAUGGGCGCGAAUCGGUUCAUUCUGGACGAAGCUCAGCCAACGAUAAGGAGCGGUUGAAUCGCACGACACCGUUCCUACAUCAACCCGGCAUGUACAAUCCGGAAGAUUAUCAUCGUCAUUUCAGUAAUCAAUCGCAACCAUCCGCAAUGCUUGAUCAAAGUUUCCUUAGUGAAGCCUCCGGUCAUCCGGCGGCAUCACUGUCAAUGUUCCACCAUCAGCAAACAAUGUUCCAGCAGCAGCAGCAGCAACAACAUCAACAACAGCAGCAGCAACAACAACGCGCUACACCAUUGGUUAUGGAUAGGUCGUACCACGUCGACAGUGGAUAUUACCAACCAAGGUUGGACAACACCGAUGGCUCCAUCAGACAAGAACCAACGUCAAUGACUGUAAUGGAACCAGAGCGAUUGACACCUCGAAAGUUCCCAGAAAUACACCCAAUUGUGAGCAUUUCCUGUGGGUUGCUGGUGACCGCUAAGAAUCGAUUGACCGUCAAUGGCACAACCGAUUUGGUGAAGAUUUUAAGUUUAGGUGCUAACGAACCGACACGUAAGUUGUUUCAUUCAUAUCCGGGUCCACUGGUGAAGGAUAAAACUCACAAAAAGUCGGUGAUUGAGUUUUGCGAGGAGCAAUUGCGAUGUGGACCGCCUUCGAUUGGAGGGCAAGCGUUAGUAAAAUCAAGAGGAAAUUCAAUCAAUAGUUUACAUUCACUUGGAGUUAGCGGUAAUCGAGGCUCAUUCACUCUACUAUGGAGCUAUAUAAUUCUGUUGUUGAGGCAAAACGGAACAUUCGUCGGAACAGAUAUCUCCGAGUUACUCAUGCAUAACAAGCGAGAAUUUCCGUUCGAAUCGCAUCAGACCAGCGCCCGAUCGACAAAUGUUAGUGGAAGAAAUUCUUCCCUGUCCACUGCCGACCGUAAACCUCGAGAACCUGACGGUGAAGGUCGUUUGGAUGAUGAUGCCGACGAGACUGUCGAGAGUGUCUCCAUGGAAAUUGACCAGCAACUACUACCUGAAAAGAAAGAACAGCUCAGUGAAUUAGAGAUCACGGACAAGUUUCGUAACUAUCUCAUAUACGGUAAUAUUAGUGACGCACUAGAGUGGGCUACAGAAAACAAUCUGUGGGGCCAUGCGUUGUUCCUUGCAUCGAAAGUCGAUUCGCGACAGCACGCGAACGUGAUGAUGAAAUUCGCUAACAAACUCACUUUGAACGAUCCGCUUCAAACCCUCUACCAGUUGCUUAGUGGGCGAACUCCCUCCGCUGUCAGCUGUGUGCUCGAUGAAAAAUGGGGCGAUUGGCGACCGCAUCUGGCCAUGCUGGUUUCCAACAGUUCAACCAAACCAGAACUGAUAAAGAAAUCCAUCACCACGCUUGGGGAUUCCUUGUACAACCGUGGCGAUCUGUAUGCAGCCCAUUUCUGUUACCUGCUGUCGGAUGUAGCGUUUGGACGAUUCUCUGACGUUAAGCAGGACAAUAGCGUAACGGUCACUGCCAAUACAACGGUGCGAUUAAUCUUGCUGGGUGCGACACAUUUCCAGCGAAAUUUCAAAGAAUUUUCCACCAACGAAUCAAUCAUGAUGACGGAGAUAUACGAGUACGCACGGUCACUGAAUGAGGAACGAUACACCAUUACGGAGCUGCAGCACUAUAAAUAUCUACUGGCAUGUCGGAUGUUGGACUAUGGAAUGCAACUUAAAUGUUUGCUAUAUAUGGAGCAAAUUGCCGAACAGAUUCAACUCGAUCCGUACCAUUUUGAAGUGGAAUUCAUCAAAAAGAUCUACACACUUGGUGAUCGUUUGAAAUACUAUGAUCCGGUGCUGGAAAAAGCCUUAGACGAAUCUGUGGAUAACGCCGGUCGCGGAAAUAUUUACUCGAAUGUAGAAGAUCCUUCCUGGUUGCAGCGAUUAAGUACCAUAUUGAAAAAUUAUGAAACCGAAAAUAGCUCCAAAUAUGUUAACGUGACAUCUAGUGAAAUGCAAGAACAGACCACCAGUCAAUACAGUGGUUAUGUUGGGUAUAGUGCAGAGCCUCAACAGCAACAGCACGGCCCUGAACAGUCGUACAGUUCGGAUCCGUCAGACAUCAACAAACAGUUCGCAGAAAUAAAUCAACAAUUCAGUCAGUUGAACAAACAAUACGCCGAUAUGUGUGAUCAACAACAAUCCCAUCAACCAAUCGCAACUCAAUACGAUCAUCAAACGGCAGCUCCCAGCUAUGAUCAAGGGUACGAUUCUAUCAACCAACUGUCAUUGCAGGAGGAAGUUCAAUUGAAACAACAGCAGCAACAACAACAACAGCAAACAUUGGAUCAAUCAAACUCUUACGGAUACGAUAGUUUGUCCGGUCAACCAAGUAUAUUCAUGCCAGUUUCAGCUACUGGUCAAUCGGAUGUUCAGCAUGCCGGUUCAUAUGACUAUUGGGGAUCAAAUUCACAGCCGGCUUCGAAUCGACCCGUGCCCUCGUCUGCAAGCCGAGGAGUCUCCCCGGUCCGAUCGGGCGAUACCGCCGAAACUCCGUGUGAGAUCGAGCGGAAUGCUCGCGACAUGCCUCACGUCAUGUCAGCAACAGCACCGCUCGGUGGUGAUAGGACUGCUCCGUGUGAAAUAAGAGCAGCUCCCUAUCCAGCCGACACUAGCAUUUCGGGUGGUGCUGAACCGAAUAACUACAUACCGCAACCGUCAAUUUCUAUGCCGAAUGCGGUCUCCAACCGACCUGGGUUUGCCGAAGAUGACAGCAAUAGUUCGCCCAAAAAUGUACCAUCUAAGCCAGUACAAUCUGCAGACCAACUGAAAACUACUCACGACCCGUCGAAAAAGGGACAACCAGCGAAGGAUGCCAAGGUGGUUAACAGUAAUCAGAGUAAUAAUUCCGGGUGGUUUGGCGGUAUUUGGAACAAGUUUUCCCUGAAGCCCAAGAAUCAGAUGAUUCUUCCAGAUGACAAAAACCCGACGAUUGUGUGGGAUCCUGAAACAAAGAAAUGGGUGAACACUGAAGCAAGUGAAGGAAGCGAGGAAGCAUUCAAGCCUCCACCGAAAAUGGCGGACAUUUUACCAGCCAGUUUACCUGUUCAAGGUCCAGCAACGGUUCAACCUGCGGCAGCACCUACACCGACUCCUGUCAACACCGGCUAUAAUCCAUCACCACCUAUUCAUUAUGAGCCCAAUUCGCAGCAGUCUGUUCCAGACGUUCCGACCCAACCGGUAGCAGUUGCGCCUGGUGGAACUGUGAAGAUGGGUGAACCAACUAAAGUACCCACCCUACAGUCCAAUAUGUUUAAAAUGCAAAGGAAUCGAACUCUCAAAAAAUCCUACGUCGAUGUGUUCAAUCCGUCCGGUGCGGCACCCAGUCGACCUGUGGAACCAAUUUUAGCUCCCGCCGUUCCGACGAUUCCUACGCCUCAAGGUGGAUUUUUUGUGCCCGGUCCGUCACCAGUGAACGGAGGACCUGGUAAUGAGAACCCCCCCGAGGGAGUUCCUCAGUUCUACAACCCAAAUCAGUACACUGGAGGAUAUCAGCAAUGAACAGACAAUAGGAGCAGCGUAUAUGAAUGAAAAACAAAUGAUACACUUGAUUUCAACGAAAACUGGGCGGCUCGCACAUAUUUUAAACAUCUUCAUAAUGACUGAAAGCGCUUGCGAGCUUAUAUAAAAGUAAUGAUUGGCAUUUGGGAAAAAGGACUGACCGGAGAAAGUAGAUGUGGUUAUUCGAUUGGGAUCUUAGUUUUGUAAAUGUUUUCGUUCGUUUGUGUUUUGUAAUAAAGUACCUAUUUUCGUUAUCAGUAAUUCGCAUAUGUUUUAACAAUUAAAAAUGUUAAAUGAAAAUCAAGAAGUUAGAAACCUUCUCAAAAUAUGGGCUUGAUAUUUGUAUAUUUUGUAUACAUUUUAUACACCUUAUUGAUACACUUAUGAGAAAGGUAUAUAAUCUGGUAAAGUAUUUUUUGAUUGGUUGCUCACAGUUAUUUUUAAAUCGUUUUUGUAUAUUGUAUAAUCAACUGAUAGAAAAGAUAUAUAUUCAAAAAAAUAGUGAAAGCAUUAGUAAGACCAAGAGAAGCACUUUGAAAAAGUAAGCUGAUUUUCUUAGUGAGGUAAUGUGAUAUGUAUUGUCUUUUUUCUUUUCAUUAGAAUUUUAUUUACCUAUUAUAGAAUAUUUUUUUUGUGAAAGGUGCAGUAGUUGAGUACAUAUUUUAUCCAUAGACUUUAGUUUUAUUUUUCAUGAAAGACAGUUACAUGAAACCAUGUAAAUACUAGCAACUCGAACGAAUGCGUAUUGAUGGACCUAGGUUUGGUGGUAAACUACUAUCAUUUAUUAUCUACAAUCAAUUAAUAGCAACUCAUUCACGCAAAGAAAGUAAGUUCGUCGAUAUUUUGAGAUGUAGUAUUCAUUAUAAUUUCCUUGUGAUAGAAGAUGAUUGCAAGACAAAAUUUACGUAACUUAAAAACUGUUUAAGUUUAUUAUAUACUUUUUCUACACUCUCUUCUACGAAUUGAAAAUCGCUUGGUGGCAGUGAAAAAAUGGAAUGAAGAUAGUCCAAUCGUGUACUUUUGAAAACGAACAAUUGUAUAAUUCUAAAAAAAGGAAUGAAGCUAUAAUAAAGAAGUGUUAAUAAUCUCCA